CUCCUUUUGCUCUUUAGUGCAUUACCUAAUGUUUAUGCUCAAUUUAUUUCUGUCUUACUUUUUCUUUUUUUCCCCCUUUCUUUGUCAUUUUACAUCGCAAUGCGUCUUUAUUUGUUAUUGUUGAUCUUUUUUUCACUUGUCUGUGCCUCUACAACCAAAAAAACAUAUGGAAAACAUCGAUUAGUGUCUUAUGUCGUUGAUUGGGAAAUACCUAAAUCCAUCAAUUGGAGUCUAAUGGAUCAUGUCGUCUAUGCAUUUGCUGAACCUGAUGUACAUGGCAAUUUGAAAGAAAUCACCAGUAGUUCAUUGAAAUCAUUUACAAAGACAGCACAUCAACAUCAUGUGGGUGUGAGUAUCAGUGUAGGGGGAUGGAGUGGAUCUAGAUACCUAAGUUCUUUGGUCAAGACUGAAGCUAAACGUAAGACAUUUGUCAAUAAUAUCGUCAAACUAGUCGCUGAAUAUAAUCUUGAUGGUGUCAAUCUUGACUGGGAAUAUCCAAAUGAUCCUAAUGGCAUGUCUUGUAAUCAAAGACAAAAAGAUACUGCUAAUUAUCUCUUGUUUAUUAAACAUUUACGUAAAGAACUUGAUGCUAAAUAUCCCAAGAUCCAUAAAAUAAUCACACUUGCUGUCACUACUCGACCCUUCAAUGAUGAAAAGGGACAUUCGAUCAAGAAACUCGAUCAAGACUGGUCCAAGACUGUCGAUACUUUCUAUGUCAUGGCUUAUGAUAUCAGUGGUAGUUGGAUGGUACAAGCAGGUCCUAAUGCACCUCUCAAACCUGCUAGUGCUCGGUAUUAUGAAACCAGUGUAACCCAAGCCAUCACCGCUUGGUAUAACGCUGGUAUUCCCAAAACUAAAUUAACAUUAGGUGUACCAUUCUAUGGUACUGUACUUAAGACACAAUCCAAAGUGCAUGCUGCUGGUCUUUAUGUCAAAUUGGCAAACAACAACGCCAUCAAGGGUGAUAAAUACGACGAAUAUGCUGCUGAUCCUUGUCCUGGUGCUGCCAAGAGUUAUACUGGUGGUUAUCAAUGGAGAUCAAUCCAUGCUAAUGGUAUUCAAAGUAACAAGGAUGGAUGGAAGACAUACUGGGACAGCAGAUCCGUCACACCUUAUGCUUUCCAUGCCAAUGAUAAGAAAUUUUUAACCUUUGAUAACGUGAAAUCACUUCAAGCGAAAGUAAAUUAUGUCAAAAGUCAGAAACUAGGUGGUGCCAUGAUCUGGUCUCUGGAAAUGGAUGACUCAAGUCAUACAUUGCUCAGAUCACUUCAAAGUGUUCGUCAUUGAUUGUAACA